AUGAGCUCUGAAAGUGCAAAAUUGAGUCCGGAGACGUCGAAAACGUGUCCCGGGGACCCCAAAACGUCGAAACGGAGUUCCCGGACGGAUUUUUAUUUAUUUUUUUUUAUUAAUUGUUUUUUUCAUUCGUUAUUGGGUGGUAAAAAUUUUAUCUUUGCGGCCCCAAAUGGGCUAAGGGCGGCCGGACCGGGCCGGACCGGCGUGCCGGCCGCGCCUGCCGCCGGCGAGCAACCGCCUGCCGGCGCCGGACGCCGCGCGUGGCACGCCUCGGGCCGCGAGACCCGACUGCGGCCCGCCUGGGCCGCGCCUGCGGCACGCCUGGGCCGCGCCUGCGGCCCGCUUGGGCCGCCGCCUCGGCGCCGGCGCGGCGGCCCGCCGGGCCGCCGGCCGACGCCUGCGGCCCGCGCUGCGCCCGCCUGGGCCGCGCCUGCGGCCCGCGCUGCAGCCCGCUGCGGCGGCCCCGCCGGCGCCGCCCGGGCCGCGCCGCGGACCCGCGCUGCAGCCCCGCCGGUGGGCUGCUGGGUCCGCCUCCUGGCCGCCGCGGCGGCCCGCCUGGGCGCCUAG